AAUUAAAUGUAAAGCAGAGGAGCCAAUUAGAAAUCAUAGCGUGGCAAUUUCAAAAUCUUGAAGAUGAUGGUGUCGAAAUUGGGUCCGAUCAAAUAGCGAAAAAGCAGCCAAUUCUACUCGAUGCUGAGUCAACUCUAACAUCUGUCAUCUCCCUUUCCUUUCGUCUGCGUUCAAAACUUUGCUUUUAGAAGGAUUUUGGAGUGAUUUGACUCGCGAAAUUGAAGAGUAGUUUCCUUUUCUCCAAAAAAAAGCCCCCCUCUUGUUCUCUGCUUCGUUUAUUUUAAUUCUGAGCUUUAAUUUCAGCAAUGAUUAUGGAAGGCGACAAAAUGGAGACGGGAUUAGAAAGGGAAUGGAGCCAUGUGGGCUGCUCGCGCUUUCUUAAAUAAGACCCAUUUGAUUUUCCAAUUCUAAUUGCCGUUUCUCUCCAAUUUUGUUUCAGGAUCAUCAAACCCCUCGUUCGCUGUCUUUUUGAGUAAUGGUCCUGAAAUUCUCUUUUGUUUUGUUGCUCCUUUUUUGGGAAGAGUCUCAAAUCGUCGCCAUUUAAAGGAUAUAAUCUGGCAGAGGAUACUGCUACUGCUUUUACCCCCUUUUUUUUAUCUCUCUCUUUCUUAGUUUUUGCCUUUUCCCAAUUUUUCUUUUCGACUUAUAUUAAGAAAAACUGCGAUUGUGAAUGGAAGAAAGUAAUUCAAAAAGCAAAUUCAAGAGGGUUUGCGUCUUCUGCGGCAGCAACUCCGGCCAUAGAAAAGUCUUCAGUGAUGCUGCUCUUGAUUUGGGAAAUGAACUGUGGUGUGGAUUACAGGUGGAGAGGAAGAUUGAUUUGGUAUACGGUGGGGGAAGUGUUGGGUUAAUGGGCUUGGUAUCCAAGACUGUAUAUGAUGGAGGCUGCCAUGUUCUCGGGAUCAUUCCAAAAGCUCUGAUGCCUCAUGAGAUUUCUGGUCAAUCUGUUGGGGAGGUAAGAACAGUUUUGGACAUGCAUGAGCGUAAAGCUGCAAUGGCUCGAGAAUCAGAUGCUUUUAUUGCUCUUCCUGGAGGGUAUGGGACAAUGGAGGAGCUGUUGGAAAUGAUAACGUGGGCCCAACUUGGUAUCCACAAGAAACCGGUUGGCCUACUGAAUGUUGAUGGUUACUACAACUCUUUGUUGGCACUAUUUGAUAAUGGUGUUGUAGAAGGUUUCAUCAAGCCUGGUGCUCGAGAAAUAGUGAUAUCUGCUCCAACAGCACAGGAACUCAUGAAAAAAAUGGAGGAACACACUCCUUUCGGUGAACAUGUCGCUCCCUGUGAAAGCUGGGAAAUAGAGCACCUCGGCGAUUAUCCGAGCCAAGAAAAUAAGCCAUGA